UUUCUAAUUUUUCUCUUUAAUUUUAUUUCCUUGGGUGUCUUUCUGUCUCUCUAUGCGCCCCUCUCUCUUCUUCAGGGUUCACUGCUCAAACAAUCAAAACUGCUGCUGCUGUUAUCUUAACAACUAACCCUUUACUCUGUUUUUCUUUGUGGCGGCCCUAUUUGGGCAAAAAGCUAACCAUGUCAAGUUUAUACAGUCAAAACUUAAACUACUCCCCUGCUAGAGCCCCUUCUUCACCGCAUAUAUGGGCCAACCCUGAUAUUGAAAGCUCAUACCUUGCUGAGCUUUUGGAAGAAAAGAAGAAGUUGGCACCUUUUGUGCAAGUUCUUCCUAUUUGUACUAGAUUGUUAAAUCAAGAGAUAUUGAGGGCCUCAGGGAGGAUACCAAAUCAAGGGUUUAACGACUAUGACCGACUGCAACGUGGAAGCCCAAGUCCUUUGAAUCCCUUAGAUAUUAUGCCUGAUGUUGCAGCUAAAGGUUUAGGUCAUUGGAAUGGAAAUGCGGGCUGGAGUCCUCUUCAACGGGAGAGAUUUGGUGGGCCACAAGGACUGCCACCGAUUGAUCACUGGAGUCCAGCACCAGCGAGCCCAAGUUCUUUUAAUACAAAGAGGGUGUUGCGUUUGGAUAUACCUGUUGACAGCUUUCCUAAUUUCAACUUUGUUGGGAGGCUUUUGGGUCCACGUGGCAACUCUUUAAAGCGAGUCGAAGCUUCCACUGGAUGUCGUGUCUUCAUCAGAGGAAGGGGUUCCAUAAAAGACCCUGACAAGGAGGAAAGUUUAAGGGGCAGACCCGGCUAUGAGCACCUCACUGAACCGUUACACAUCUUAAUAGAAGCAGAAAUGUCUGCAAGUAUCAUCGAUGUACGUCUAAGACAAGCACAAGAAAUUAUUGAAGAGCUGCUCAAACCUGUGGAUGAAUCUCAGGAUCUUUACAAGAGGCAACAGUUAAGAGAGCUAGCAAUGCUAAACAACAACUUCAGAGAGCAAAGUCCACAGCCUAGAGGCAGCGUGUCACCUUUUGGCUCCAGUGGAAUGAAGCGUGCCAAGACUGGUUUUUGAGAAUCCCGAUGAUGAUCAUCGUCUCGCUCCAAUGGUGAACUUUAACUGAAACAUGAAACAAGGUUACUAAAAACAGUUUGAUUUAGGUUAUUUUUUUUCACUGAAGUAAUAAUAAUAAUAGUUUGUUUCCUUUUGGUUGCUUUGUAGCUUUUGGACUCUAGUUGCUUGUGAAAGUAGAAACAGUUAUUGAAUUUAUUUGUUAUCAAUGUUUUCUCUUUGUUUAUUAGUGUGAAGGUUGAAGGUUCUUAAA